AUGUAUCUGGGAAAUGGGAGCGAACCACCUCGUCUUACUAAUAUUGUAUUUAUGACUGAUGUCAAUGAAUUUUUCGGUUCUGUUUUUAUUGAUCAACAUUCAGGAAUAUCUCGUUCAGAAAUCUUCAAAAUGACAUAUGAACAUACAUCUAAACGUUAUGUAUAUAUUGGUACAUCACCUGAUGGAUUUAUUUGGACAAAAGGUAUUCAACCAGCUCAUCCAACAGCUGAUUUAUCUGAUACACAAACAGUUAUGUUAUAUUCUCCAGAUAAUGGUGGUCAAUAUAUUUUAUAUGCUCGAUUAAAUUCUGCUGUAUCAAAUACAAGUGUUUAUUGUCCUGGUGCUUUGCCUAGUUAUAGAAAAGUUGUUGUUACUUUAUCUAAUGACAGUGUACAUGGUCCAUGGUCAGAAUCCGUUGAAGCAUUUCCUCUCGGUACACCAGAUCCAAUUCAAUGUUUUGAUAAUUAUAAUCCAGCUACUUUAUUUUAUCAUAAUAUUUAUUUUCUUUUUUCUUCUGGUUAUCUUCAUUGGGCAGAAAUAAAUUCUGGUGCACCAAUUCCUCGUGCAGCUCAAAAUGAUGGAGUUAUGGAUAUUCGAUUAGCUCUUAGUCGUAUUCCACAAGGUCCAUUUACUUUUCUAACAAGAGAUCCAUUUAUUUCACGUGGAAUUGGUAUAAUUGAUCCUAAAACAAAAUUAGUCAAUGGUACUGGAAGUGAUCGUGAUGCUGGAUUUGUUUUUUCAUCAUCAAAUGGUUUGAUGGAUCCUGAUUUUAUUCGAUCUGAUGUUGACGUACUUUCACCAUGGAUGUAUCAUAUUUAUUGGGGUUCACAAACAACACAUGCUGGUGGUGGAGCAUAUUUAAGUCAAUAUUGGCCAGGUGCAUUUACUGGUAUAUUUAAAGCACGUUUACGUCGAGAAGGUUAUAUUUCUCUUUCAACAUUAUCAUCAAAUCCAACAGGUUAUGGUUGGUUUAUUUCCAAAGUUUUAUCAUUACCUAAUAAUAAGAAGAAGAAUAGAAAUCAACAAUUACAAAUGUAUAUCAAUGCUGAUACAUCAACAGCAGGUUUUUUUGCUAUUCAGUUUGAAGAUGGUUUAACAAACAAUCCAAUUGAAGGAUAUACAUUUGAUGAAUGUAAAACAUUACAUCAAAAUGGAAUUCGACAAUUGCUACAAUGGCGUAGACAAAAUGAAACUUAUUCGGGAGAUUUAACACCACUAGUUAAUUAUUCAAAUGGUAUUCGAUUUCAUAUACAUAUGGCACAUACAAAAUUAUAUUCUUUUAUUUUAUCAUAUGUUUAA